CCCUUCUCUUCCACCGAGGCUCAAAAUCUGAAUUAUUGUUAUUUUUCAUUCUUAUUUUCAUUGCCUGUACCGUCGCAAGUGUGGAGGUGAAGUAUUUUUUUGGAUAAUUAAAAAAGAGGUAUUGCUUCGUUCGUUCCUGACAAGAGACAAGAUCAAGGUCGUUUUUGGAGAUGGGAAAGUGGUCACCAGAGUACAAGCAGCUCUCAUCAGCGGUGGGCGUGUCUAUGGUGGGCGUGGUUCUCGGGGUCGUCAUCGCCUUCCCAGCGCUCGCCCUCGAUGCCUGGCGCCUCGAGGGGGACAUCACACUCAGCGAAGUCGAGGCCGGAUGGUUCGUCAGUGUGGCUCAGACAGUGUCAGUGGCAGGAUCCAUUGCAGGAGGAUAUCUGAACGACGUCCUCGGCCCCAGGAGGCUCUUGUUAGCGGUCCUGCCUCUCCUCGCUAGCACUUGGCCGGUUCUCUUGGGCUGCGUGCACAACCUGCCCCUUCUCCUGACGGUGCGGGUCCUUCAGGGCCUGCUGUGCUCGGCGGCCACCGCGAGCGUCUACAUCUACCCGUGCGAAGUGACGGAGGCGCGGCGGCGCGGCGCCGUGGGCGUGCUCCCCGACGCGGCCUUCUCGCUCGGCUUCAUGCUCACGUACUUCCUGGCCGCCAUCCUGCACUGGUCGACCGUCGUCGCGAUCCUGCCGCUGUUCUUCCUUCCUUGCGUCGUGACUGUGUUCCUGGUGCCGGAGUCGCCGUCGUGGCUGCUGCAGCGCGGGAGGGUGGAGGAGGCGCGGGCCAUCCUCCAGCAGCUGCGGGCUCCGGACGUCAACGUGGAGAAGGAGCUCCUGGGCAUGGGCCCCCUGGGCGAGUGCGGCGAGGCCUCCGUGGCGAGGCAGCCGCGCCUCCUGCUGCCGAUCCUGGCGUCCAUCUUCCUCAUGGUGCUCAAGGAGGCCACGGGGCAGAUCGUCGUCGUCCUCUUCGUCGUCCACAUCUUCCGCAAGGUCGACGUGGGGAUCCUCCCGCACGUGAGCUCCAUGCUGGUGGGCUCCGCUCGCCUCGUCGCCAACGUCGCCUGCUCCCUCCUGGUGGGCCGCCUGCCUCGCCGAACGCUGCUCAUCUCGGCGUCUCUGACGGCCAGCGUCACCAUCGCCGUCCUCGGAGACUACUUCUUCCGGCAGGACUCACAAGUGUGGCCGGACUGGGUCCCCUUGGCUUGCCUGAGCGUGUUCGUGGUGGCCUACGGCGCCGGCAUAGGCCCCGUGACCUGCCUGAUGGCGACUGAACUCCUGCCUGGCGCGGUGAGGGGGCUGGGGAGUGGCCUCGCCGGCUCGGCCCUCAACGCCUCGCAGUUCACGCUGACCUUCGCGGCGACGCAGGCCGGCUCGGGCUUCUACAUCUGCCUCUGGAGCUACGCGGCGGGAAGCGCCUGCCUGGCCGCCUUCGCCCUCCUGCUUCCCGAGACGAGGAAUAAGUCCCUGCGACAGAUCGAAGAGUACUGGGCGGAAGUUUCAGAGAAUAUAACGGGCAAGCGGUGGUGCCCCUGCGCCCGGAGAGGGGCGCCCGACGACUGUGAGGCGAACGCCAAGAGCAACACCAGAAAUAACGACACCGAGUUGGUCAGAACCGUCUGAGGGCCUCUCCCUCUGUGCGCACGCCAGGGAGCUGCGUUCAAGGAUGGACGACUGGCAGUUUGGUGUGGACAGCUGGGUGGCGCCGCUCAGGAGGUUUCAUGCAAAAGUUCUCGUUCGUCAAGUUCUCGACUUGUGUUAAGCCAGAUGGAAAAAAUCUAAGAUAACCAAAAUAAUUGUUUGUGGAAUCUACAUCGCACGUACACCUCGGUACCACAAAGCAGAUGUCCCACCCAGGCCAAUGUAUGUACUACCUGUGAUAGGGUCUUUGGAACACCCGGCCGAGGCUGCGGUCACACAGCGGUCUGUUCGACGUGAGAAGGCGAGAAGUGACAGGAGAUUUCUAAGUCAAUUCUUCACAUCUGCAUCUGGCCCUGGCGACGGAAGCUUAAUACUGAAUAUCUGAAACUCCAUUUUCAGAUCUUACGGGUAGCAUCGCAUUGUCUUCUCUUUGUGAAUAAACCUCACAAUUCUCCAUAUCAUGCAUAGUCAUCGUGCAUUACAUUCACAACAGUCACUGCCUUUUCACUCGCUUGUGAUUCAACAUGAACAUGUACAACAAAUGCAUUGCUGUUUGUGUUCGUGUCUUAGCAUUCCGCAAUGCAUAUCACUCAAUCACAUAUGUCAAUUCUUUUCAGUACAGACGUGUAACCAUUCCAUUUUUGUAUUUGUGAUAAUAAAACA